AGUGGAGAGAGGGAGAGAGAGAGAGAGAGAGAGAGAGAGAGGAGGGUGGGAGUGUCAUACAGGAAGGCAGCAGAGAGAGAAACUGGGUGUGUCGUCGCGUACCUCGGUUUUUUUCCCGCUGGCUACGUUUGUCUGGCUCACCGCUGACACUCAAAUAACCGGCCUGUGUGUCACGGGUGGCGCGCAUGCGCUUCCCCCCCUCUGGUCCACCAGGAGUGUGGGAGCCUCCCCGGACGUCGCGUCACGUCAAAUCAUGCAGGGCAAAAAACCAAAGACGUCCACAGUUCCAUCCCCCGACACAUUGGAGGCCCUUCUGUUUGCAGAAAAGAGACUCUCAAAGGGCCUCGGCUUGGUGCUUAUUCAUCAGCCGCCACCAGACGCUGCUGCGGCUUUAGUUCAUCCCACGUUUCCCCCUCUUCUCUGCAGAAGAAGCCGCUGACGUGGAGCGGAGCAGCCCGGUCGGGGCUCAUUGAACAAGGGGGGGGGGGGAGUGGCCAAGGGGACGCGAUCGAAGUCAAUUCUUUAACUGGGUGCUGUGUUUUCAGUAUAGGACAUGUUUCUUUUUCUUGUUGUGUAUAAUCUUCAGGUUUGGAAUAGUCGUUUUUCUAAGAUUGACUGCUGCCAAUAGCACGCCUUGUUAUAGAGGUCAUGAACUCUCUGUCGGAGACGACUGCCUUUGUACUGUUGACCAGUUUAUCAGCGGUGCUCCUGCACCGAGGGCUUUUCCCUGCUGAUUUGUGAAUCGCGCACACGCAUGUAGACACGCCGCACGUCGCGUGCGUCCGGCCUCCAGGAGUCCAUCGAGCCGAGCACGUCGAGGCCCGGAAGACGCAGCGGGCCGGAACCAUACGAUCGGCAUUCGCGUAACGUGCCACGGCGAGGCUUUGUACGCACAUACUGCGCGCCGGCGCCUCGUGUCCGUUCGUGGACACACACACACACACGCGCACCCGGGGCGUCCCGCGUGUUACAAGCAGGAUUUGCAAAUGGGCAACUUAAAAAGCAGGUGGUUGGCAACUGAGCGUUGGUGGUCCGCGGCGCCUGGUCAGGUUGCCAGCCGGACUCUUUUGAAGAGCUAGAAGAAGAAAGAAGAAGGAAGAUUACACGCUUUGUACAGUGAACAAUCAGGCUUUGAGGUGACGAGGUGCAAACGUUAAAUCCCGUCAGCCGAGGAGGAAACAAAGGUAGUGAAGGUAGCAGUGCCGCUGUUCCUUGUUUCUGUCUGUUGAACAUUCAGUUGUUCCUUUAAUGCUAAGUAUAACUUCCGUGUGCUUUAUCUCUUUAUUAUGCCUCGCUGGCUAUGUUCAAAUACACACACACACACCAUGUGGUAUGUACAUCUCCUUUUAUGUAAUUCUGAAUUUUAUGUGUGAAUAACAAUUUCAUUCCAAAACAAUUAGUUUGACACUUUUAUUAUACGUGCAUUAACAUAUAAUAUUUGAUGAAUUUCUCUGAUGUGUUUUAGAUAUGUAACAGAUGAAAUAUUAGACAUUAUUUCUCUCGUAAUGUCACAUCUUAAAUAGCAUUUCAUGUGUGUCAAAAAUUCACAUAGAGACAGUUUUUGGUCAUUUCACAUGCAGAAUAUAAAACGUGAAUUGUGAUCAUAUAUAUAUAUAUAUAUAUUAGUUUAGGAUAGAUAAUGUGUAAUUCCCUGCGUGUAAAAUUGCGCAUUGCACCUUUAAAUGUUUCAAGUUUGUUGUUUUUCAUGGUUCGUCACCGCGCGUGCGUACGUGCGUGCGUGACGAGUGAACUGUCAAUCAGAGCAGGGAGCGGUGGGGCUGCUGCGGGGCGACAGCUGCUGAAUACCUGAGAUGUUUUUCUCACCAGCAAACAGGCUGAGACAGAGGGAAGAGAGAGAGAGGGACGAUCAGGGCAGGCUGCCACCCCCCCCCCCCCCGGGUUGGUCGUGUACAGUAAUCCAUGAUAUGACAGAAUACAGACAAGUGUGAAGCAAUUCUCCACUUCUCUUGAAAGGAGCAGCCACGUGGAAAUUCCUCCACAAUCUCUCCUCUUUUCUUUUUUCCACGGGGCCCCAGUGUCUCCGACUGAAGGAUAAGCAAAGCGCUCGGGUCUACACUGUCAUCACUGGGUUACUGGGUGGAGUACUGUUAUUAAAUCUCCAAGAGGCCAGCACAAAAAGGAAAGUGAGAGAGUAGAGGCAUGGCCGAGCGAGCGAGCGAGAGAGAGAGAGAGAGGGAAAUAUAACACAGGAACUUCAGAGAGAGAGAGAGAGAGAGAGAGAGAAACUGGAAAGAGAUAUUUAAAGCCCAGACAGAAGAAAGAGGCUCAGACAAAGAAACAGAAUCGAGGGGAGAGCUCUGCUCUGAUUUGCCUUGUCGCAGGAGUGAAGUCGAUGCAGCCAGAGAUGAACGAAGCCGCUCCGCCCCCCGUGAUCCAGGCAGGAGACGGGAGGACGCUGUCCAGAGCAGAGUUUCUCUCGCUGCUCAGAAACUACAACUGCUUCCUGAAGGACCAGACUCAGCUGCACCUCGGUUUCUCUCAGGGGGCUGACGGAGAGGUGGUGGUCGAAGGCUUCCUGAACAUCUGCUGGGGGGUGCGGAGACCCAUCAGGCUGAAGAUACAGGACGACAAACAGAUGCUCCCCUUCGCCCCUCAGAUCUCACCCGACCCCAUCAGUCCGGUCAGCCCACUGGGAAACAAGAGGGGCAUGACGCGGUGGGGAGAGUACGUCGACCUUCACCAGAUAGAUGAGAUGUCUGAGACGGCGAAGGAAACAGUCGUCACCAGUCCUUUACCAGGCCCCGUGGUUUACGAGACCACCACACUGCGUCCAGUGAGGCAGAAGAACCCGGAGCUGGAGGCGGAGUCCAACCUGUUCCGCUGCAUGAGCGACGCCUCGCUGGUCAAGAGGCGGCGGGGCCGGGGGAAGUCGGCGGCGCAGAGGGAGAAAGAGAGACAACAUCGCUUCUCCAUCAACGGGCACUUCUACAACUAUAAGACCGCCGUCUUCACUCCAUCCUUUGGCACGCCGACUAAAGUUCGUAUCUCCACCAGGAUGACCACGAACCGGGUCAUCGAACAGCUGCUACACAAGUUCAAGAUAGAGAACGACCCCCAGGAGUUCGCGCUGUACUGCGUGCACCAGAGUGGAGAGAAGAGGAAGCUCAGUAACAGGGACCAGCCCCUGUGGGAGCGCAUACUGCAGGGGCCCUCCGACGACAUCAUGAAGAUCUUCAUGAUGGACAUGGACGAACGGGAAGUCAGCAAUGAUGUGGCCCAGUACCUGAACCUGGAGCUUCCGAUCCUGGAGCAGGUUCUGCUGAAGCUCAGGGAGGAGGAGAGCCGGGAGAUACAGAGCGUCAUAAACAGGUACCACAAGCAGCACAAAGUCCUGUCCCGCAUGCUGAGCAGUAAGAUUCCGCCUCACAUCGAGACCAGCGUCUGAACCAACUGACACAAGACCUGCCGAGUGAACGAUUGGCCAUAGAGAAUUUCUAAUUUCUUAUUUAUUGUCUUUUAUAUCUUUAUAAUUGAGGUUGUGGUUACAAAGGUUUGGAUGUGACACACAAAGAUGAAUAUUUUGGGGGAAAAAAACAUGUCUGAUCACAGAGAACACUAAACAAAAUACACGUAAAAUAGCUGUACAAUAAGCACAAGAUGGAACUGUUGUAAAUAAUUGUAAAUAAAUUGUUGUGUGUUCAUAAAUAAAUCCAUAAAUAAAUUGUGGGACCAGCA